CGUGUGCUGGUGACCCGAGGAGAAGAGGCGGAGGCAAUAUGGAAGUGAAGGAUGCCAAUGCUGCGCUGCUCAUUAACUAUGAGGUGUUCCAGUUACUAACUGAUUUGAAAGAGCAGCGUAAAGAAAGUGGAAAGAAUAAACACAGUUCUGGGCAACAGAACUUGAAUACUAUCACAUAUGAAACAUUAAAAUACAUAUCAAAAACACCAUGCAAGCACCAGAGUCCUGAGAUUGUGAGAGAAUUUCUGACAGCAAUGAAAAGCCACAAGUUGACCAAAGCUGAAAAGCUUCAGCUGCUGAAUCACAGGCCUGUGACUGCUGUUGAGAUCCAGCUGAUGGUGGAGGAGAGUGAGGAACGGCUGACAGAGGAGCAGAUCGAAGCUCUGCUCCACACCGUCACAAGCAUCCUCCCUGCGGGGCCAGAGGCCGAGCAGCAGCAGAAUGCCAGCGACGACGUGGCGAUGGACGAGGAGGACCCUGCGUAGAAGAGCACAGCUGGCCCGAGUGUCUCCUGAAGUUGAAGGCCCAGCAGCCAUUUCCCAGACAUUCAGAGGAUUGUUUAUUUGAUUUUACCAUCUAUCCCAACAGGCCUGAUUUCCCGGUUAGUUGGGUAAACCACAAAAA